AUGGACUGCAAGUCUGACCUGCGUCUGCAUUUCAAUAUUCGGGCGCUGAAGCGACACUGUUGCACCAAACUGCCCUUCCGGACUUCGCGUAAACAUUUAGAUCGCUCUGGAAUAUUUUUACGAGGCAGACUCUGCAUUCAACCACAUACGAAUCUAUGCAAAUAUUCAUGUGCGAUAUUGGAGGCUUUUGGUGUAGCGUUUGGAAUCCGCAAGACCGAGGCAAAUUCAAAGAAAUGGCCUAUGCAGCACGAACUACUGAGAGGGACGGCUGGCGGCAAUGACGGAGUUGACAAAAUGCGAGGCAGUUCAAGCCGAUUGGACAAAAGUCUCCGCAGCGUCUCCACAGCGUCUCCGAGCCUCAACUUGCCCCGCACAUCCCGUCAAAUAUGGCGAAGAUCCCAGCAAGAACUAGGAGGGCCCAAUUCUGAUCCAAUUCAGCUCUACCAGUAG